AUGGAACAGCUCGCGCGUGUCCCGGCUCCUCGAUCUCGGGUGUACUACCUCACAGCCGAAGAGAUGCACUUCAAGAUCACGGUCACUCUCUGUGCAUCAAGGGUGCAUAGGUGGAUCCGCACCGUCAAGAGGGAUUUUCUCGACACCGCAACAGUCAAGUGUGUGGGCUUGAACUGCGAGUUCACCAACCCUCGCGAGGGUAGAGAUAAUCAGCGCGCCGCCGUCCUUCAACUCUCGGUGGAGACCGAGAAUUUGGUCUUCCAAAUUUUUUGGGCUGAUGAAGUGGAACAACUUCUCAAGGAUUUCUUGCAGGACAAGACCAUCAUAUUCUGUGGUGCGGAUAUCGGCAAAGAUGUGGAAAUGUUGUGUUCCUACGGAAUUGAUAUUCUGUCUGGGUUCGACCUCCAAAUGAUAAUCCCGAACCCCACCAAAAAUCUCAUUCUGAGUAUGUAUGAUCUGGCAAAUUCUACUAUUAGGACAAAACUUGAGAAGAAGAAGAAGAAGAUGAAUAGGGAUAAGAAGAAGAACACGAAGAAGGACGACGAGGAAGAAGAAGAAGAAGAAGAACUGAUUUUUUGA